AUUAAUUUUUAUAAACUCUGUCAGUGUGAUUAAUUAAUAUUAAUUAAGUGUGUCGUCACAUUUAUCUGGUCUUUUAUUGAGUGUUUGUGUCGAUAACAGAGUGUCAUCUCUGCUAGCUUUAGUUAGCUAGCUUUAGCUCGUUAGCUAGUUUGGGGCAUAUGGAUCAACUUUAGGUUACUUUACCUGAUAAUUUAUAUUUCUUAUCUUAUUUUCAAAGCAUAUUUGAAUAUUUUACAGGCAUAUAUAGCUCUCUGUGCUCAUUGUUCUUUAUGUGCAGCCUGUUUUAAUUCUUCCUCAUCUUCUUAGAGUUUUAGUUUUACACAAAAAUAGGCUUGAAAAGAGUUUCUCACCAUAUAUUUCAAUCAUUAACAGACAGGUAUUUGUCUCUGUUGUUAUUGUUGUUUGUGUGCAACCUUUUUUAAAUUAUCUUUGACCUGCUAAGUCAGGUGUUUAACACACAAUAGGCCUGUAAAGUAUAUUUAAUAAUGUAUUUUAGUUAUUUACAGACAGGUAUUAGUCUCUGUUGUUAUUGUUGUUUGUGUGCAGCCUUUUGUAAUUCCUCCAAAUGUUCAUAGUCAGUUGUUUUAGACAGAAAUAGGCUUAUUGUUCAGGGUAUAUUUCAGUCAUUUAUGAGCAUGUAUUUUAUGUCUUUUGUCCUUGUUUUUUGUGUGCAGCCCCUUUUAAUUCUCCUCAACCUGCUAAAUCAGACGUUUAAUACAAAACAGACCUGUAAAGUAUACUUACUGAUAUAUUUUAAUACUUUACAAACAGGUGACAGUCACUAUUAUUCUUGUUGUUUGUGUGCAGCCCCUAUUAGUUAUUCUCAGUCUGUUAAGUCUGAUGUUUAAUACAAAAAAACUGUAUUUGAUGAUAUAUUUUGAUCAUUUACAGGCAGGUAUUCGUCUCUAUUGUCCUUGUUGUUUGUGUACAACCUUUUUGAGAUCCUCUCUGACCUGCAGAGUCAGAUGAUUAACACACAACAGGCCUGUAAAAUAUAUUUAAUAAUGUAUAUUAAUAAUUAACAGACAGGUAUUAGUCUCUAUUGUCCUUUUUGUUUGCGUGCAGCCUGUUUUUUCAUUCUUGCUCGAUGACUUCCUCAUGCCAGCAUGUCAAUCAAGUGUGGCUGCUUUCACUUCUUGGCAGCUCUUAUGAGUUUGUCGUUCACUACAGGCUUUAAUGAGACUGAAUGAAGUCUUGCAGCACUAGUUGUGAGAUUUUCUGCAUGAAAUGUGUUUUAUAAACUGAAACAAAAGGGAAAUACGCUCCUUUUCCCGUCACAACUGCAGGAUGGCUGGUCUUCACUUUCACUUUCGGUUUCAUUGAGUAAAAAGUCCUCUAACCACAAACACUGCAGACAGAGAUCAGGUUUCCUUAAUGGACUUUUUGGGUACUUUCACAUCUCAUGUAGUAAAAGGGUAAAUGAGGCCAGGGUGCCUCCCCAGCUGAUGCAUUCACUGAGAUGGUGAAAUGUGUAUUAACCCUUCAAGCACCACUCUGAUGCAAAUUCAUUCUUUUACGCCUAUUUUUAAACAAGAUUUGUUGUAGUCUUUGUGAUCAAUAUGAGACAAUGAUAACACAGAACUGCAAGUCACUCAGCUGGAUAGGGAAAUGGUCGCCUCACCACUUCACCAGCACCGGCUACAGCCCUGACCACAUGGACGAACAACACCAUCUCUGCACCAUAUUACAGCAGUACUUCAUUUGACUUUAUUAUGACAGUAGCUUCUUUAUUUAAUGUUACUGUAACUGUAGAUCACUUAAUGAUUUUGUAUUUUAAUAGUCUACAGUAGUUUAGAGGAGAUUUCAAAAUAUUGAGAUUUAUAUCAUGUAUCACAAUGUAGCCUAAACAUAUAUGUUAUUUUAAGCCCUAUCACCUCGCCCUACUCCCUGUACACACACGACUGUGUAGCCACUUCAGAGUCCUACAACAUCAUGAAGCUUGCUGCCGACAGUUGUGGUGGGCCUGAUCACAGAUGACAAUGAAAAGGCAUACCUGAAAGAAGUUUAGGACCUGAUCUGCAGGUGUCAGUACAACAACCUCCUCCUGAACAUCAGAGAGACCAGUGAGCCUGGCGUCAACUUUGAGGAGAAGCCCCCUUAAUAUCAACAGAUCCUUGGUGGAGAUAACUUCAAGUACCUCAGGGCCUGACCUGGGCACUGAGGAAGCUCCUUCACCUCAGACGCCUGAGGAAAUUCUGGAUAUCCCCUGCACCAUUGAGAGCGUCCUGACGAACAUCACAGCCUGGUACAGAUACAGCAAAGAACUCAUACUGAAUAGUCAGUGCUCUGCCAUUCCCAAAGAAUUUGUACACACCAGGCACUGUGGGAAUAAGGCCAGGAGAAUCAUUGAGGAUCCAAACCACCAGAUAACAGUCUUCUCUUGGGAAGAAGGUACUGUGAGAGGGUCAAGAAGAACUUCUACCUGCAGGCCACAAGGAUCCGAAAUAAGAUGUCAUUCGCCAGUGACCGGCUGUACAAUGAAUUUGUGCGGCGGAAAAUGCCGACCUUUGUGGACAAAGUGGACGUGGGAGAAAUCAUAUACCAUCUACCGUGCCUGACAGCUCAUGACAGGGAAAACAUUGAGGCGAGGAGACAGAAUCGUGGGAACCGUGAAGGCGUGGCGAUGCUUCUGGACUGUCUGAAGAGGAGAGAAAACUGGCCGGAGCAGUUCAUUGAGGCGCUCGAGGCAUGUGAGCAGUGGACCCUGGCAGCUGAGAUGAGAGCAAAGUACAACGCUCUGAGAGGCAUCAGGCAGGCUGCUGUUGCUCCGCCAGCUGAAGCAUCAGCUCCUCCAGAGCCAGCUGCCCAGGCCUCACCCCCUGUGCAGCCACAAGCCCCCCAGAGCUCAGCAGCCCAAGUUCCUGAGGCUGUUUCCCCACCUGAGCCUGUCCCAGAGCCUCCACAGUCCACUCAGGCUGAAGUGGCACCUCCUCCAUCAACACCUCCUCCUUCCCCUGCCGCCCCACACACUCAGCCCACUACACCCCCACCUCCUCAGAGGGAGACUAAUUCUCACCAGGAGCCGGUGGAGAACUCUGAAUCAGACAUCCAGGAUGUCUCUGCUGAUGAUGUUGUGAUCCCUGAUCAGGUGAGCGCAGGAAACAGAGAGGUAUCCAUCAGCUCUGUGGACGCUCCUCAACCAUCCUGUCCUGUUGAGCAGUGUGAAACACACACUGCGUCCCCAGAUCUUCUCCAAACAACAACCACCUCCACAGAGGUCAGUCCACCACAGAGUCCCUCUGCAGCUCAGAUGAACUCCGAUGUGACCGAUGGAUCCUCUUUCCUGACCCUGACCCCAGAGAGGCCUCCAGUCCAGGACACCAGCCCUCCUGGGGACUUCAAAGCUGUCCUGCAGCCUGAAGAGACGUCUGAACCUCCUGCUGCACAGGUUGUUGAAAGCAGCCCGCAGACAGAAGCUGCAGCGACCACCUCCCCCCCGCCUGGUGCUGCUGGGAUGGGUGCCCCUCUGUGUGAUGACAGCUUUGUGUGUCUGAGUAAACCUGGCGCACUCAUCAGCGUCCACCCACUAAAUCACAGCAGCCCUACGAUCCCUGCACAAAGCUUGCUGGUGCCGCCCUACUCGGGUAAUACUGGGCGUCUGGAAAUAAGCAGUUCUGUGUCAGUUGCUGUGACCACUGCCCAGAGUUCUACAUGCUCCUAUGUCAGCUCCACCACCGUGACUACAGCGUCUGCACUGCCAUGCCAGGAGACCGGCAUCACUCUGAACCAUAAUGAACCGGAGGAAAACCACUAUGAGUCUCCACAUAACAGUUUGGGAAUGCAGUCAGUGCAGGAGCACGUGGGGCACGUAUCUGAGGAGCCGUCUAUCCUUAACUUAGACGGGCAGAACAUGACACCACAAGUUCCAGCUGUGUGCAGUGAAGCAGCCAAAGAGAUGACCUCUGCUCCACCACUGUCCAACAACGCUGCUGAUACUGUACCGAGUGUGAACACCUCCUGCAGUGAGAACCACCACCCGUCUGAGCCUACACCCACUGAUCUGUCAGCAGAGCCGAAGACACUGCAGGAUUCAGAGGACAAGAUGGCCUGUCGCACCCUGACACCUAAUACAAAGUACAUUCUGAUCGCUGCAGCAGUGGGCGCCUGUGCACUGCUGAUGGCGUGGAGGUUUAAGCAUUAAGGGGAAGAUUAGGCUUUAAGGCUUUUUAAAGAGGAUCUUAAGGUUUUGGUGCCUUAUUGUAGUCACUGGACUGGGAUGGCGUGAGGCAGCUGUUUAAUAAUUACCAUGUCGUUAAUUACGAGUAGAGGUGCCGGGAUAUUGUCAAUAACCACGACUUUUAAAAAUGAAAUACUGAUAUCAUGGUAAAAAAUAUACAGAUCAUAUUGUGUAAACAAUCCCACAGCUCUUAAAUCAUUUCUGUUUAAAUGUUCUCGCUCUGUCUCUCGACCUUGACGCCACCUGGUUGCCUUUUAACUAUCCGUUAAGUGUAACUGCUCCUUUUGUACGAUGUUGUAAAGUUAUGAAUGUGCACUUGUGUAGCACCUUUCUAGCACUUUUACACUAUGUGUCACAUUCACACAUUCAUACACUGGUGGCUGGGGCAACCGUACACGUUGCCACCUGCUGCUCAGUUAUACAUUUACAAGCACUCUCAGGGUGCGGUCACACAUGAGACAGACAUCAGCGAAAAUUCGCCUUCUGUUUAAUGUGAGCAGAGCGGUGAAUAAAACGUUCGCGUCAGGUGGCAAAGCAAAUUCCCAUCUUUGCAUCGCGUUGAGUUCGACUUGGGUGAACUUUGGCCCACGGAAUCGCAGCCUCAGCCAAAAGACUCUUCACUGUUAGUAAACAGUAUGAUGUUUCUUGGUGGGCGGGGCUUAGCUGGAAGCAAACAAUUCGUCACAGACAUUAGCUAGCGCUAGUUAGCAUGUUCUGUGGUGCAUUCAGAGAUACUAACUCUGAGUGUUGGAGCGCACUCUGGACACUCUGUAUGUGGAGACGCACCAUGUCAGGUCACUCACUCUCCGGGACCGCCAGUGUUACUUGAAUAAGUAAACACUGACCAACGGGACCAGACUGGCCGACCCGUAUGCUCUCACUCAGUGGAUGGAUGAUGUCACAGGAAGCCAAUCUUACAAAGGAGGACCACACUUGUUUGUUUUGCUAUGGAAGCUAACGUUAGCUAAUGUGCUAAAAAGUUAGCGUUGCAGAGAAAUCCAAUCUUCCUCUUAAUCCCUCCCCAGUUUCUGAUGAGGUGGACAUGAUAACCCUUAAUACACAUAACCUUAUUCAUCCCUACAACAGGAAAUACUUUUUCCCUAACCUGAUAUGAAGUGUGCGCUGCACAUGUGAGCAUUUUUGAUGAUGGCCUCCAUCCAGUCCUUUGGUCUUAUCACAUUUAACCAUAGUUGUCUUUGUUUUUGUUGACGGGCAGUGGCGGCUGGUUUUGAGCCAUGACUCCUUCUAUUCUGGCUCCCAAUAACACAACAAGACAAACACAUUUUAACACUCCUAUGGAGCCUACAGCCCUGUGGGGGAGAGGCAGCUGCUCCUCCAGCUGAUAACAUGAUGUCAUUGUGAUGUCGGCACUAAGAGGGUCUAAACCAACCAACCACCGAUAUUGUCAGAUAUGGGCCGUGGAAAAUAUAAAAGGCGUAGGGUGAGAGAUGCUGCAGUGAGUCAGGAGGCAGGCAUGAAACAUAAAAAAAUUUAAAAUGAACCAAUAACAUCAUGUUUCGCUGUAUUUGUUAGCAAGCUAGCUUUCUGUGUCGACCACGUCAGGCACUGCCCACAUUCAGCACAACUACCAUGUGUGUACCCUCACUUGGGAGCAGUUUGGUGAAGGAGGAGUCAGGAACUGAACUGCUGAUCUUCAGAUUAGUGGACAACCUGCUCCACCUCCUGAGUCAUGGUUACAGACUCUCUCCACCUUCAUACGCUCGUGUUUUCAGUAGGGCUGCCCCCUGAAAGUCGGAGAUUCGAAUCAUCAGUCGGAGACCCCUUAGUCGACUGAGAAUCUUCAAGUCGAGCAGUUUUCUUUUUUUUUUGUCAGUCUGUGUGCAGUGUGCUUCUGGGGAUGUUUCAGUCCCCAGAUUUAGCUGCAGAGUGAGCACUCCUCACUUUGAUGCUGCGGAUACAGAGACAGCUGACCCUAAAGAAGUAGAGGCUUUGCCCCCGUCAGGCUCCAGGAUAACGUUAUCUUCUGCCUUCUUUUGAAAAGGCAUUCAUUCAUUCAUUCAUUCAUUCAUUCAUUCAACACAGUCUCUGGCUUUUGUUUGACAUUUCCAAUCAGUCUUUAGCCCAGUUGGCUUGUUUACUAUUCAGUGUGAAUGUCGCUGUCACCCUGAACGUCCCACUGAACCCAGUUCAAACCAUCAAACUCUUAUCUGUUAAAAGAGGAACAAAUAGUUGAAUAUUCAUGUGAAACAGAUAAAUCUGAUUAAACUGAGAUAAUCCUGAGUCGGGUACAGCUCUAAUUUUCAGUGUUAUUUAUUCACCAAAAAGACAAAAUGCACUAAAGAAAUUAAAGAUUCAUUUAAAUGAUAGUAUUUUUCUUUUUCAAAUUUUGUAUUGAUAUUGCGAUAAAAUCGUCAUUGUAAACUCUUUUGGCCAAGAUAACCAUGUAGUAAAACUACGAUGUCGUGCCAGCCCUCAUCACAAGCAUGUUGUAAAGUUGCACCAUGUUUUAUCACUUUAGUGUUGAACGGAGUCGACCCUGGUGAGCAAAAACCAAAUCUACUCUUCUAAUUGAGAGCUUCAUGAAACUGAGAUGAGAUCUCAGGUUAUUUAUGCACUUGUUGCAAACCUGUGGUUUGUGAAGAUGCACUGAUGCUGUGUAUUAAUGACGGAAACAAACAGGUAUUAUAAAAAAUGUACAAUAAAAAUGUGUUGUAUUUUACAGGCUUUCACAGCUCCAAGUUUUGAGACCACUGGUCUGAUCAAACUGACUGAGCUUUCUGUCAGUCAUCUGGUGUCAAAUGUCUGAGAUGAACUUUAAGUUUUACAUAAGUUUUCUUCUCCUUUAAAUAGAAUCAAGUUUGAGAAAUACUGUUCUGAAAAAGAUUGUUUUCAGAACAGUAUUGUCAGUAUUAGAAAUGUCAGGAAAGAAAAACUUAAAUUUAGAAAGUUUUGCACAUCUCUGAGGAGGAGGAUCUCUGAGCUGCACAUAUUAAAUGUAUUGUCAUUUAUCUCAAUUUGGUUGCUCUCUGUCUCUCUCUCUCUCUCUCUCUCACACACACACACACACACACACACACACACACGUGCAUGUGCUUGUUGAAUAAAAUAAUAUAAAUAUUUCA